AGAAUACUUCGUUAAAUGUAAGUUCGUUCUGUUGAGCCUUUCAUAUUUUACGUAACUAAUUUUUGAAUUGCUAAUAGGUAGUUGAAAUUUGUUGUGUUGAUACUUCAAUGAAUAAUUAAUAAAUAUCAUAAUAAUGUCAAUUUUCUACAAUAUAUUUUAUAACUCAUAUUUAGUUUUUGUUAAUUCACAUCAACGCAGUCUUUUUACAUUAAAUAAUGUAAAGGAAAAACCGCUUGACAAUAUUUAUACACAGCAUUCUCAAGCAAAUGAACCUUGUCGUUCAUGUACUGAUUUCCGGACGUUUAGUCGUAUGAGACGUCAAGAAUUUAGUCAAAAUCAGGUUCAAUCUGAGAAUAGCUUAUCUAAAGACAAUAUAAAUGAAACCAAAAUACUAGAACACCAGAGAGAAGACUGUCCUCUAGACAAAGAUGAAUUAGGUCGUUGUACAUGGAAAUUACUACAUACCAUAGCUGCCACAUAUGCAGAUAAACCGUCACAAGAAGACCAGUCUAAUAUGGAACAAUUUAUUAGAUUAAUACCAAAAGUGUAUCCUUGUGAAAUUUGUGCUAACGAUUUUGCUGAAAUAUUAAAAUAUCAUCCACCAAACAUUAGCUCUCAACAAUCAUUUGCAAAAUGGAUGUGUGAAGCACACAAUAUGGUAAAUCGGAAAUUAGAUAAGCCACUGUUUGACUGUUCCAAAGUAAAUGAACGGUGGCGUGAUGGUUGGGCUGACGGACAUUGUGAUUAAUAUUUUAAUAAACCAGAUUAGAUGAAUAAUAUAAUAUUAUAAUUUUAUAUAAUAUAUUUUUAAAUCAAUA